AUGGUUGGAACUGCCCGCCCCAACCUACAUUACUGCCCUCGCAGACACAGCCUGAUGAUCACCGGUGCCAUGGGAGCGGUGCGAGUCAAUAGAUACAGCAUCGUUUCCACAGAUGAAGAUGCCCUGAAGAUCUCCAGCUUGGCCCUCCACAACGGCCACAGUCCUCUGACUCAGCAGACUCUGUCGGGGCCAUGCAUGCGGGCUGAGGAAGCAGGAGGAGAGUGUCCAGGCGGUGAUGAGGGAAGAGGGACUUUAUCUUUGAGAGUAACAAAUGAGCCCGUCGUCCACAACAGCUGCCGCGCUUCACCUUCAUGUCGUCUGGGCCUGGAUAUGGGCACCGGCCGCCUGCGCAGCCGCUUUGUGAAGAAGAAUGGCCAGUGCAACGUGGUGUUCAACAACAUGGAGGAUAAGCCACGGCGUUACCUGGCUGACAUUUUCACCACCUGCGUGGACAUACGCUGGCGCUAUCUGUUGCUCAUUUUCACCACCACCUUCCUUCUGUCUUGGCUGCUGUUUGGCGUGAUCUUCUGGGGCGUGGCGCUCAUUCACGGCGACUUUAGCCUUCGCAUACCUGCGAAGGAAGGGGAUCCUCGAAACAACGCAGGGGACAGAAAAGACGAAUGGCGGCCAUGUAUCCUCCACAUCCAGGGUUUCAUCGGGGCCUUUCUGUUCUCCAUAGAGACCCAGACCACCAUUGGAUACGGUUUCCGGUGCGUCACCGAAGAGUGCCCAGUCGCUGUGGUGACAGUGGUGGUCCAGUCCAUCGUGGGCUGUAUUAUUGACUCCUUCAUGAUCGGCACCAUCAUGGCAAAGAUGGUGCGCCCCAAGAAGCGGGCGCAGACCUUGCUGUUCUCGCAUUAUGCCGUCAUCGCCAUGCGAGACGGCAAGCUGUGCCUCAUGUGGCGCCUGGGCAACAUGCGCAAGAGCCACAUUGUCGAAGCACAUGUUCGCGCUCAGCUUAUUAAGCCGCACGUGACGGCGGAGGGCGAGUACCUCCCUUUGGAGCAAACGGACAUUGAUGUCGGCUAUGACGACGGGCUGGACCGGCUGUUUCUGGUGUCACCGCUGGUGGUGGUCCACGAGAUCAACAAGACCAGUCCUCUGUACAACCUGAGCCGCAACGACCUGCUCAAGGAAGACUUUGAGAUCGUGGUCAUCCUGGAGGGGAUGGUGGAGGCCACAGCUAUGACCACUCAGGCCCGCAGCUCCUACUUGUCCAAGGAGAUCCUGUGGGGUCACCGCUUUGAGCCGGUGGUCUUUGAGAAGGGUGACCGCUACCAGGUGGACUACUCCCGCUUCCAUAAGUCCUACGAAGUGCCAUCUACGCCUCACUGCAGUGCCAGGGAACUAAACCAGAUGAUGGGCCGUGGCAGGCAGUCCUCAUCCUCCAGCUCGAGUUACUCCCGGUCUCCCUCGCCAUUCCCACAGAGGGCAGCCCGCCACCUCCUGGGCCCUCACUCCCCCAGCGCUUUCUGCUACGAGAACGAGGUGGCCUUGUGCUGCGGGGACGACGAGGAGGACGUGAAAGAGGAGGCGGGGAUCCUGAACGUAAGAAGUGACAGAGAGGUAAAGAUAAGGGAUGACAUUCACUUGGGAUUCAAAGAGACAUUUGUGGAGGAGCAGAAGGUGGAGAUGCUGUGCGUUCUGGACUCAGAGAAUCAGAUCAGCCUUGACAGACUACAGUCCACCCUACCUUUAUACAUCAGCAGAGAGUCAGGGGUUUAA